AUGGCCCAGUGGGGGACAAACUUCCAGGAGCGCAUGCACUUCAACACAGCGAAUCGGGGUACUGGCCGGGACGAUUUGGCGCCAAUCUGCCGAAAGCAAGGACAACUGCUGUUCGUCCUUGCUUCCAGGGAGAAAGUCUUCUAUUUGGUUUACAUGAAGCAAGGCGGCCUCACCUACACAGAUGAGAGCAUGCUGUUGGACAUCAAGGAUCACUUUCAGCAACGAUUGGAGGAGCGUGGCAUCUCCCUGGAUUAUUUGUGGCUUGAUGUUGGUGUUGAACGUCAAAUCCGCGCUUUGCUGGACCCACCCACACUGCCAUCCGCCAUGCUUCUCCAAGGCAUGGAAAAUAUCAUGUGA